AUGAGGAUCCAUGACGUCUUCUACGUGGGGUUAUUGUCCAAGGUGAAACAAGACAAGAAACGGGCGUUUGAAAACCAACCGCCACCAGUUACCAUAGACGGAGAAGAAGAAUACAAGGUGGAGGGAAUAACGGAUAUGGAAGAGAGAAACAGGGAAUGGUUUUUCAGGGUCAAAUGGAAAGGUUACGGAUCAGAGGAGAAUACCUGGGAACCAAGGGAAAACCUCAAGAACGCGGAAAAAAUCCUGAAAAAUUUCGAAAAGGAGAUGAAGAAGAAGGCCCUUGGCGCUGCCAAGGCCCUUAAAGGGGGGGCAGUGUUGUAG